AUUGGGUAGCGUCGUGAUUGUUGUCAUUUUGAAGUAUCUGUAGAUUGAAUAGUAAUAUAUUUGUAUUGAAAGAUAAGUAUUUUGAUAAAUCGUGACAAUUUUAUUGCGUAUUGGAUUUUGAUAACAAUUUGACUUAUAUUUUGGCAUCUUCAUGUAGUUCUCCACGUGAUUCUAAGAACUUGCGCAAUGUAAGGAAAAUAAAUUUUCUGGAAUAAAUUGUCCUAUUUUUGUUAAAUAUUACUCUAGCGUUUGCCAUGGCCAAUGGUCACGUAAGAGAGAUUCAACCAGACGGACAUCCAAAAGUGUACCAAAGAAUUCCGAGACCGCAUUGGAUUAGCAGGUUUCCUCAUCCGACUAUUUCUCAUUUCUCCAAAGCUGAAUUCUUUGGAUAUUUACUAGCAUGUAUUAUUCAGUUUUUCCCCAAUACUUUCUGGAAACUCUGUCCUCGCUGGAUAUCUCGGUGGUUUCGAUGGUGUCCAACUUCAACUCAGACACUAGAAAAAGCAGAGAAGGAGGUUCUCAAAAAUUUGAAGCAUCCAUACGAAGUGGAGUAUACAAAUAUUGGGAAAUGCUGCGAAAAGGUAGACAGCUUUAUAAGGACAGUCUCUCUGAAUAAAAAUUCUGAUAAAACUCCGAUAGUUUUAUUGCAUGGAUUUGCUUGUGGCCUUGGAGUCUGGAUUAUGAAUUUAGAUAGCUUGUCUUCUUCUCGUCCAGUUUAUGCUGUUGACCUAUUAGGUUUUGGACUAAGUUCACGACCCCCAUUCAGUUCUGAUGCUUUAGAAGCUGAAAUGCAAUUUUUCAUUUCUUUAGAAAAAUGGAGAGAAUCUAUUGGACUAGAUAAAUUUAUUCUUCUUGGUCAUAGCUUUGGAGGGUAUAUUGCUGCAUCAUAUGCAUUGCAUUAUCCAGAAAGAGUUUCUCUUCUUAUACUUGUUGACCCUUGGGGACUUCCUGAAAAACCAAUCUCGCAUCUUCACCGUUAUGAUUUGGAUUCUUGGGUGAAAUUUUUAGACAGUUUUCUUCAAGGUUUCAAUUUCUUAGCUAGUGUGCGGGCUGCUGGACCAAUCGGACCUUCUUUAGUACGGCAUUUUCGUAGCGAUUUGUGGAGAAAAUAUGGGCGAUUCAUGGAUAAUCCUCACUGUGUUUUAGAAUACAUCUAUCAUUGUAAUGUUCAACAUCCCAGUGGCGAAGCUGCUUUUAAAUCCAUGACAGACAAAUCUGGAUGGGCGAAAUAUCCAAUGAUGUACCGAUUAAAUAGUUUGGAUUCCAAGAUUCCCAUUACUUUAGUUUAUGGAUCUCGAUCAUGGGUCAACAGGCAGCCAGGACUGCAAAUAAAAUAUUCUAGGUUGAAUUCCUUUGUUGAUGUUCAAGUUAUUGAAGGCGCUGGGCAUCAUGUUUAUGCUGAUAAACCUCAAGAAUUCAAUUCCUUGAUCAACAGAGUUUGUGACAAUUUAGAAAAUGGAGUAUUUCAUAUGAGAAAUAUUUAAAUAGCCUAUUGAAAUAAUUUAUCAUGUUUUUUUUUUUUUAAAUCAGUUUAUUCAUCUUAUAGGUUUAAUGAUCUGUAAUUUUUAAGACGUAUCUGCAAUCUUUUUACAAGUAUACAUUUACAGUGCAUUUUAUACCAAAAAUUUACAAUGCUGUACUUUAUUAAAAUGUAAGUUUUCUGUAAAUUUGAAUCUUACUUUUGAAAUCAAUUUUUAUUAUAAAUGAAAUAUUUGUUUAUGUUGACAAACCUACUAUUUAAUUUAUUUAUGCACUGAGUAAAGCAAAAUAUCUGAUGUGUGUAAUACAUAUUUCUCAUGUGAACAAGUUCCAUGCAUACAUCUUUUGUUAUUUUUUUUACUGUAGUAUUUAUCUGUUUGUACAUAUUUUGUAUGAAAUGCUUAAUAUUCUGCAUUGUAUACAAAUGAAUGUGCAUCUUAUGUAUAUUUUUGUUACGGAUGCCAAUAUGUAUAUUUUAUUUUAUAAACAUGACACUUAAUAAGCAUAUUUGGCAUUCUUUUUAUAAUACUGUGAUAAAUGUUACUUUUUUAAUAAAUACCAUGAAUAGAACAAAA